UUUUGCUGUCCGUCCUUGACGCAUGGCUUGCUGGGAAAUUGGUUGGUACAGGUAGCAGCGAGCGGAGCGGAGAAGGUGUAUUUUGAUCCAACGAAUUACUUGUGACUGUUAAGCCCUCUACGCGUUGAAACGCUCGCUUGCCCGUCGAUCGCUCAUUCUCGAGGUGAAUAUGUAUAGUGUGUGAAAGUGUUCGAUCCUUGCAAGCGGUAGCUAGGAUUACAAGAUAGCGGAACUGCUACACUGGGCAGAUCUGGGCCCUGUUAAAUCACCUGCCGUGCACGCAUUAUUUGGCCAAAAAGAUAAGAAUUCAUCAGUAGCGGCGCACGGAAAAGCUUCCCACGUUUGGAUGCUACAUAAGAGCUUAGUUUGAUCUGGGCCUCCCUCGCCCACCUCUAAUAGAAGAAAAGGACAUAGCGAGCGAAAGAAAAACCAACACCAAAGCCACGAAAAUGUCAUCACCGAGCGCUGGGAAGCGUCGUAUGGAUACGGACGUCAUCAAGCUGAUCGAGAGCAAGCACGAGGUAACGAUCCUGGGCGGGCUAAACGAGUUCUGCGUAAAGUUCUUCGGUCCCCGAGGGACACCGUACGAGGGCGGCGUGUGGAAGGUGCGCGUCCAUCUGCCCGAGCACUACCCGUUCAAGUCACCGAGCAUCGGCUUUAUCAACAAAAUCUACCAUCCCAACAUUGAUGAGGUAUCGGGGACGGUUUGCCUCGACGUGAUCAACCAGGCCUGGACGGCGCUGUAUGAUCUGUCCAACAUCUUCGAAUCGUUCCUGCCACAGUUGCUCACCUACCCGAAUCCGGUGGAUCCCUUGAACGGUGACGCAGCCGCCAUGUAUCUUCACAAGCCGGAGGAGUACCGAAAGAAGGUGGCCGACUACGUACGGCGGUACGCGACUGAGGAGGCGUUACGGGAGCAGGAACCGCCAGAGAGCUCCGACAGUGAGAGCAGCAUGUCCGAUUUCAGCGAGGACGAGGCACAGGACAUGGAGUUAUAACAACGGCUAACCGUACUUCCAACAGCAGCAGAGCAGGAAAGGAUCGCUCAUAGCUACCAUCGUAGUGGCGUGGUAGCGGCAGUACAGAAACAGCAGCAUCGGGUAGGCGAACUCACUUUGAUGUUGAGGUUAUCUUCGGUGGUUUUAGUAUGUACUACUGGCAGAAGACAGUGUUAGGUAUACCGGAUUGGUCCUUCGCACGCUGCAUGGACAUGUUUCAUAAAGCCCCUCAUAGACGUUCGUUUCAUCCAGCAUACUCGGAACACAUAAAUGUUCAGUUCGCUCAGUAGAACAAAAUAUGAAGCAAAAAAAGACCAAAUCCAUGAACGUGCCGAUUUUUGUGAAUGGGCUUACAAACGAUCACACGAACAACCAAAGUCUGAGGGAUGAAAUGAACGAUUAGAGGGAGGUUAAAGGGUGGAAUUUUGUUUUUUUUUUCUAGCGAGACGUACAGUUGAAGCAUGCACAAAGGAUCUAGAAGCAACGAGCGAAGAAAUAACAUGAAGCAGGUAUAAAUUCGCAGUAGCAUGAGAGGAGAUAAAUACGGCCCGCUUUAACAUGUUAAUGACACAGGCAGUUAGAGACAAAACGAAACGAAUAAUAUUGAUUUACGAAUAGGGAGUUCUCGAUCAUUACUUAGUACUGCGCGAUGUCGAUUCGGUUCACAUGCGCAGAACUUUUAUUUUUUUCAGUUUUAUACUCUUCUGCAGCUUUUUUUUUAAAGGAAUGAAAGAAAAAGAAUUGUCAACUCGAUUUUGAUUGAUUUAUGGUCGUUUCGUAAAGUAAUCUUGUAUAGCGUAUACCAGUAUCCACCAGCGCGGCGUUGCGAAUCCCUCCUCCUCUAAAGCGCAUUGUUCGGUUGUUAAGCGCAUUCGAUUUUAUUUUCUGAUUUGUCCGUUGAAAUUAUGAAUUAAGUUUACCACGAGAAGAGAGUAUGAGAAGAAUUCACUGUUUUAGGCAAUUAAGGACUUUAUUUUUUACUUAUUUCAACGGUGUGCUAAUAUUACUGCGAAUCUAAUGCAACCAGAUGCAUUACAUACAUUUUUUGGAUCGUUGUUGGCGGAUAUGUCUUUUUUUCUCUUUUUCAUUCACUUAUAACUUUUCCGAGCAACCGUUAAGAGAUAAGUCUAAAAUGAAUGUCGAAGAAAGCAUCCUUUUGCGACGAGACAGGUGUGCCUCCACGAGAAUUUUUUCUUCACAACCUCUUUUCAUCGAACCAAGAGUACGAUAGUAGCAACCUGAAGGUAAUGGAUACGUUCUUGAAAGUUUUCCUCUUUACACUAGAAAGAUUAUUAGUUGGAAAGUUCACGUUUUGGAAAAAGGUUUGAAAUAGGCAGGAGUAGGAUAUAAUCAUAUAUCUGUGUAGGGUAAGCAAAAGCAAUAUCAGUCAGGAAUAAUAUUGAGAACUAAAAAUUAAUUAAAUACAAAAACUAAGGGAAAUGAUAAUCAGCGUUCUCUUACUUAUUCGGUGCAGCAUCGAGCGAUCUUCACCUGCUGAGGCAGAACCUUCCAUCGUUCGUCCCCAAAUUUGUCAUCCCAAUCCUUUGAGAAGCAAGCAAUUCGAAUGUUUUGUUAACUGCUUCUUCACUCUUUUCAUAGCACAUGUUUACUUCCCAUUUGUGGAAACAAAAUUGGUAUUAACACUCCUUGUAAUAGCAAAACCUUGUUUGUUGAUCACAUUUUGUUGAAAAGGCAAAUGAUUUUAGUUCAAGGUGCAGGAAGUCCAUAUGAUUCACGGUUUGAAUCCAUAAAUCCGUAAUUCAACCGAUGUAGAAACAUGCGACAUUUAUUAUGUCGC